GAAUCAUUUGUUGAGAGCUCCUAAUUUCCUUCAACCCCACGAAAAGAUGUGUAAAGUUUAAGUACGUUUGACCAUGACCCGAUAAAUAUGGUGGAAGAAAUUCAAAACAAAUGAUAAAUGUUAUUUUAUUCGGCGAGGUUUACUGCUCUUACCAGUAAACAUACAGAAAAAGUUAUGGCUAACAUAGAAGUUAGUCGUGUUAUGUUGUCAGAUGAUUCGAAUUUGGCUGGUAACGUACACGGAGGAACUAUAUUGAAAUUAAUCGAAGAAGCUGGUGUCAUCGUUGCUACACGUCACUGUAACAAAGAAUUCCAACUAAAGAAAAAUCCGGAAUGUUAUGCUGCACUUGCUCGCGUAGAAAGAACUGAUUUUAUGGAACCAAUGUUUGUUGGAGAAAUAGCACAGAUCCAUGCUGAAAUGAGUUACACUUCUAUGCAUUCUCUAGAAGUUCAGUGUUUUGUUUUUGCCGAAAAUGUUUUGAAAGGAGAACGGAGACUUACGAACAGAGCGACCUUAUGGUAUGUGCCACUAACUAUUUCUUCACCACACAGUCCAGUCAGUGUGCCCCCUCUGACUUAUAAAACACCGGAGGAUGAAGAGGCUGGUCGUGUUCGGUAUGAAACGCAAAAACAUCUGAGGUCUCAACAAAAAAAUACGCAUGACGAGUACUCAGCGCCCGGUCAAGUUAAUGUUUUAACGCCAGCUGGGCGCAGCUUAUCAACACAACAUAGCGUCAGUUAUUCACAGUCUUCGUUAAUUGUUAUGCUUCAUCCUUCUGAUUGCAAUAAAGCAGGUUUUGCUUCGGGUGGUGUGACCAUGAAAAUGAUGGACAAUGUAGCGGGAAUAGUUGCGUUUCGACAUUGCCGCUCAAAUGUUGUCACCGCUUCUGUCGAGGCGGUAGAUUUCCAUCAUCCAGUCAAACUUGGUCUAGUAAUGACGAUAACGGGUCGUCCUGUCUUCAACAGUAAUCGUUCUUUAGACAUCGAAGUAUUUGUGGAUUGUGAGAAUAUAGUUGAAGGGCGCAGUUUUCGUGCUUGCUCAGCUAUCUUUACCUUCGUAUCUCUUGAUGCAAAUUGUAAACCACAGCCUGUACCGGAACUGAAAGUCGAUACAGAUGCAGAGAAGUUGAGGUUCGAAUUGGGAAGGAAAAGAUAUAUUGCUAAGAAAGGAUAUAGGAAACGCAAAAUUGCAGGCGACGAAUAGGUUCUAACAAAACAUCCACCUUAGAUAUUUGACAGCGUGUGUACAAACAUUAUAAAGAAAAAUAUCAUAUUUGACAUGACUGAAAUUUGAUUACUAAAAGGA